AUGGAAAACACUGUCAAUUCAGAAACAAACAUGGAAAAUGAUAGUAUGCUAAGUGGGGAUAGAACAACCGAAACAAUUGCCGUCAGGUUAGAGACACAUAAGUUGGCUGAUAAACAGAGGGUACAUAAUGAACCGGUAAAUGCUUACACUGGGAAAAACCAGUCUACACAAAAACCAGAGUUAGAAAAUAUUCUAGGAAAAAUAGAUAGGUUAACAGAGAGAGUAGAGCAAUUAGAUUCACAGACAAGGAGAAAGAAAAGAAGGAAAAAGAGGAAAAGGAAAGAGGAGAAAGACAGAAAGGAAAAAGAAAGGAAGGCGCAUGAGGAAAAAGAAGAGAAGGUGAGACAAGAGAAAGAGAAGGAAAAAGAGGAGAAACAAAUAAAUGAAGAGAAAAAUAAAAAGGAAAGAGAAAAUCAGAAAUCAAAGAAUGAGGAAAAUGAAAGGAAGGAAAAAGAUGAGAAAGAGAGACAGAAAAAUCAGGAAGAAAUUAGGAAGUGA